AUGCAUAUUUAUAAUUUUCAUCCAGGAAGAAAUAGUCAAAGUGGAGGGUCCAGUGUCCCGGAAAUUUCCGAUCGGAUGAGCUGCACCACCUGUCAGUGCACAUUUGACAGCAGAGAGGAACAAAAAGAACAUUACACAUUGGACUGGCAUCGCUUUAACCUAAAACGUAGAAUCAAGGGGGCAGGUGCUCUGAGCGAGGAGGAUUUCCAGGACAAGACGCAGGCAGGGGAUCUGUCCAGUAUUUCUGGCUCAGAUUUGGACAGCUCAGAUGAAGAUGAUUCAGUAACCUCAACUGAGCUGAUUGUGGAGUCCUCUCUGGACUUGGGUUAUCCAAACCGCUCCCCAAGAGUUCUGUUCAGGAAUGGGCAGGGGAAGCUGCUGUCCGUGUACCGCUGUGUGUUGGGAGUAACAAAGGACAUGGAAGUGAGCCCAGGACAGCUACUGAGUUUCGUAAAGAGCCUACAGGACCGGCCAACCAUGGUCAUUCUUAUGGCUGGGGGAGGACAUUUUGCUGGCGCAGUAUUUAAGGGAAAGGAGGUGUUGAAACACAAGACUUUCCAUCGUUACACAGUGCGAGCAAAAAGGGGAACUUCUCAAGCCCUGCAUGAUGCCCAGAACCGCAGUCACAUGGCCAAGUCUGCCGGGGCAGCUCUGAGACGAUACAACCAGGCGGCACUAAUGGCAGAAAUAAACCAGGUGUUGCAGAACUGGACAGAAGACAUCGGUGAGGCUCGUGGAAUCUUCCUGCGUGCUCCUCGCUCUGACAAGACCCUUUUCUUGGGACGGAACUCCCCUAUCCAGAAGAAGGAUCCUCGGGUCUAUAGCAUUCCCUUCUGCACUAGGAGGGCCACCUUCCGAGAGAUCCAACAUGUGCACACACUUCUCUUUACACUGCAGGUACACGACAAAAUAGUACCGGUCACGGGCACACGCGGGAGGCCUGUCAGAUCCAGAAGACCCAGACGGACAGAGAACCAGGAAGAGAUCAUUGAUACCCCUGAGCUGUCAGAGGAAGACGAUCCAGUGCUUGAAGAAUUUGUGGAAGAAGAGCUAACGAUCAGCACACUGGAUCUCCGGGAACAUGAAGUGCAGCCGAGAAGAAAAAGGAAAAAGAAGAAGAAAAAAGACGUAUCAGAGUCUGCGGUUGCCCAGGAUGAGGCUGAAUUAGGUUCUAUAUCUCAGAGGCAAAUAGAUCAUUCCACUGAUGAUUAUGUGGGUGAAGAGUUGGCCAUUCAGGAGCCACCAUUAUCGGCACUGGAAGGUGAUGAGCUGAGCAGGCUGCGGAAUUCCCUGUUCACGUGCUGCAAGACGGGAGAUUCCGAAAGCGCUAAACAGAUCCUGCAGGACCUUCUUCCUGACUUUUCCCCCUCCCCGUCCCCUCAGACCAAAUCUCCAGCCAGCGAGGUGGUGAGCGGACUGGUGAAUGAGCGUCUUCCAUUGGAGCAGCGUACACUGCUACACGUAGCUGCGGCAGCGGGACACGGAGAAGUGGCAUGUCUGCUCAUGAAUGCUGGCUGGGACCCGGCCCUCAGGGACUCUGCUGCACAGACGCCGUAUUCCGUGUGUGCUGACAAACGCACCAGAAAUGCCUUCAGGAAAUAUCGGGAGGAUAACCCAGACAAGUACAACUAUGGCAAAUCUCAGAUCCCAGGGCCAGUAUCGGAGGAGGUGGAGGCUCGUCGGACUGAAAAGAAAAAAGCUCAAAAAGCCCAGAGAAAGGAGAAAGAGAAGGAGGAGAAGGAAGAGAGGCUGAGGAGGGAGGUCGAGGAGGCUGAGAAGAAAAGAUUUGCAGCAUUGAGUGAUCGUGAGAAGAGAGCUCUGGCUGCAGAACGUAGGCUGGCCGCUCAGCUCAGCCUCAGCAAGGAGACCUCUGUGAAUAACGUCAGGAGAUGCUGGUUAUGUGGCGAGUCUCUGUUGGGAAAAGUGCCUUUUGAAUACCUCGAGUUCUCCUUCUGUUCUACCCGCUGUUUGCACGAACAUCGACGGAGCCAGUCUGACAAAUCUCAGCAGUAGCUGCAUCUCC